AUGCAGCCUCUGGAAGACCUCCGCUACCUUCUUCUCCAACUUGUGUCCAGCCCACUGUUCCAGCAGCUGUUCCCCUUCGUCGUCAUCCUCAUUGUCCCGCUCCUGGUGGUCGCCGCCAACUCUCGCAAAGGCUCGCUCACAUCUACCAUUUUCAUGGUCUUCGACGCAUUGGCAGGUGCACUACCAUGGCAUUGGUUUGAUAGUCACUCUGCCUCGAGCUCCGCCCACGAGAAGCGCAAGUCCAAGAAGAAACAUAUCCGUACGAGGGCGGAGCUAGUCAAGCAAGAGCAGCAUCAGCUUGAUUCACUGCCCAAGGCAUCUCAUGAUGGGGGAUACUAUCCGGGGCUGGUCAACAUUUCCGGCACGUACUGCUUCAUGGACUCGACGUUGCAGGCGAUGGCGUCUCUUUGCUAUUUGCAGCCUCAGAUAGAGCAAAUUCAUGCUAAAGCCGAAGCGCUGGACGUUCCGACGCCAGUCAUAGAUGCACUGCGGGACCUUCUACACACACUCAACACGCCGACGUCUUCGCCGCAAGCACUGCGGCCUCUUGAGAUCAUUAAUGUGCUAUCUGACCACUCCGCAUCGAAACACAACUCCCUCUUCUCCUCACGUGAACACCAGGAUGCGCAAGAACUCUUUCAGCUUCUCUCGGAGUGUAUCAAGAGCGAGGCUGCUGCUGUAGAAAAGGAGGGCCAUCGAGAUCGCGGUCUCUCUGUGCUUGCCCAGGCUCAAGGCCCCGCAAGCCGCGAGCUUGGAAAGAGCGUAUUUGAUGGACUGACCGCUAACCGACGCAGCUGCGUCGAGUGCGGAUACACCGAGGCUGUCAUGCACUUCGCGUUUGACAACUGGCAGCUGAACAUGCCUCGACAUGCUGCCCAGUGUCGUCUGGAAGAUUGCUUGGACGAUUACACUCGACUGGAGAUUCUCACAGACUGCAUCUGCCGGAAGUGCUCGAUGCUCGCGACCUACCGCCGCCUCGAGGCCGAGGCCGAGAAGCUCGCCGAGAUCGCGAGCACAGACCAUGAUCCCUCAACGAGCAAGAAGAAACGCGCACGUGAGGCACGGAAGCUUGUCGCUCGCGUGAAGGCAGCGCUGGAUGAUGGCCGAAUCGAGGAAGACAUCAAGGGCGUGAAGAUGGAGAAGGUGUUCAGCAGGGCUUCGACGAAGCAGGCAAUGAUCGCUCGACCACCUCGCGUGCUUGCUCUCCACCUCAACCGCUCAGUGCACUAUGGCCAUUACGCCUCAAAAAACACAUGUCGAGUGAUCUUUCCGGAGGUACUCGAUCUCACACCCUAUACAACCUCCGGCCAACUCUCCACGAGCCCCUCUGUGCCCAUAUCCACUCCGCCUCCUCCCAUCCCCCGCAGCACAACACCUACACCGGCAGCAUAUGCUACUCCGCGCACCCUCUAUCGUCUCUCCGCCGUGGUCUGUCAUUACGGCCAGCACUCCUUCGGCCACUACGUCUGCUUCCGACGGAGACCACGACCAUCAUCCGCCGGUGCCCGCCGCUUCGACCCACCGAAGCUCGCAUGUUCGCUUAGCUGUGAAUGUGAGCGAUGUGAGCAAUAUGGUCCUGUGCGCGACGACGACGAUGAGCAGCCGAGGCCUGGACGCGGAUGGUUGCGCAUCAGCGACGACAGUGUGGCCGAGGUCGGCAUUGAGAGCGUGCUGCAGGAAGGUGUCGGCGCAUUCAUGCUCUUCUAUGAGCGGGUGACGAUACCGCGGCAAAGUAUCUACCGGUCGAAUUCACCACGAAGCUCGGAGGAAACGGUGCGCCCCGGCCCCGAAGCCGUGUAUGCGAACGGUUCGUACGCUUCCCCGGUCAAUGGCGAUGCUGUAGAGGAAAUGAAGAUCGUCAAGCCAGUCCCCAAGAUUGUUGGACCGAGGGUCAUCCAUAGGGUGUCGGCUCAGCCAUCGUCAAGGAGCUCGUCGCUAUCGCCACCUGACCGUGACCCCAUUCCACAUCCGCAGACACAACCGCUAGCUUCGAGCUCCACGACACCAGGGAAGUCGCUCCCGAAUGGACACGCUGCGCCGUCAGGCAAGAACCAUGCGCCAUCAAGCACGCUAUCAGAGGGUGUUCGACCAGCUCCGGUACGCCCUGUAUCUCCACAGCAGGAGAGUGCUUCUCCGACACCGCAUGAGCGUCCUUCCAUGACAACAAACCACCCACCAGCACUAUCGCCGCCGUCCAUCUCGUCUCCGACGGAGCCCCCUCCUUCGCCGUCGAUAGCGGUCGACCUACGCGCAUAA